AGCAGUGGGCGUCCAAAUGCGGGUGGACUUCCUCCAGCGCCAGUUCUGGGCAGCCACAAGGCAGGAUUUGGACUGCUUUGUCACAGACAACAAUGGCUUCAUUCUGAUCUCAGAGAGGUCCCAAGAGAGUGACUAUGUAUGACUACCAGGCCAUGUGCAAACCUCCGGAUCACCACCACAGCGCUGCCCAGCCCCUGGCCAGCCCUCUAUCUGCCUUCCUGACAGUGGCCAGGUGGCUGAUGCAUGAGCUCCUGCUGUGCCUGUUGGAGUGGAGUGCCUGGGGCUCCUGGCGUGAACCAGGGGCUGAGGCCAAAGCUGUCUUCCAUCAUUCCCACAAGCACAAGAAGCAGGACCUGCUAUACCCCUGUGACACAGAGUACCCCGUGUUCGUGCACCAGACGGCCAUCCAGGAAGCCAAUGGGAUCAUCGAGUGUGGGACCUGCCAGAAGAUGUUUGUGAUGCAACAGAUCCUCCCGCAGCAACCUCCUCCUGCUGGUGACAGACCCCACCUGCGACUGCAGCUUCUUCCCGCCUGUCCUGCAGGAGGCAACAGAAGUCAAAUAUAAUGCCUCUGUCAAGUGUGACAGGAUGCGCUCCCAGAAGCCCCGGAGGCGACCAGAUUCCUGUCAUGCCUUCCAUCCAGAGG